AUGAGCGAACUUAAACCUGGAUCUAUAGUUCUUACUAAAGUCAAGGGCUAUCCAGCAUGGCCUUCGAUGAUUCUACCAGAUUCUCUUGCUCCAGCCAAUAUCCUUAACAUAAAGCCAAAAUCGUUAAAAUCUAAAAAGCGAUCAAGAAGGCUGGCCAACACAGCGGCCACGAACUCCAGCAACACAGCUGAAAACACAAAUGAUGAUGGUAUUUAUUUGGUAAAGUUUUUUCAUGACGAUACCUAUCAAUGGAUUGGUGUCGACGACUUGCAGCUUUUGCCGGUCGAUAACAUUUCUGCAUUCAAGCCAAAGAAAAUGUCAAAAAAUCUCGAGAAAGCCUUUGAAGCAGCUGCCAAAGGUUUGGAUAUGUAUGCUUUUGCCUCUAAUGGAAGCUAUGGAAAAGCUCUUGAUGUUUCUGCCGAGAAAUCUAUAUCAAGUGAAACAGAAGAGGAAGAAAAAGGAGUAGCAAAGAAGAAGUCAGAUGCCUCUCCGAAAAAGAGAAAAGCUGCUACUACUGCCCAAAAGAAGGCAACAAAGAAAACUAAAAAGGAGUCUCAAAAUAAGUCCGUAAUGGUAGAGGAUGAAGGGGAAGAAGUUGAAAGUGUGGAUGAACAGGACGAAGAAGUCGAAAGUGUCGAGGAAGGAGAAGAUUCGAGCGAAGAAGAAGAAGAAGAAGAGGAAGAAGAAGAAGAAAACACAAUUGACCCUGAAGAAUUCAAGAAAGAGCAAGCAGAAAUUGCUUUUUUGGAGAAACAAUACAAAGAGUUAACAGAUACCUCAUUUUGGGGCGGAAGCACGAAUGGGAUCAAUGAGAAAGAUAAAGGACUUGCCAAAGAGUUGACCGACAAAGUGAAGGAACAAACCAAAAUUUUGCUAGAGGCAAAGCGCAAGUUCACCAAAGAAGUUUUUAAGACCUCUGAUGAUGUUGACGUUGAAAAAGUUGGGAAAACUGCACAGCAGAUAUUGAACGCAGAUGAAAUAUAUUUAGCAGUUGCCACAAGAGUGAGACUAGGAUCGGUGCUUGAGGUUUUCAUGAAAAGGGGGGACUUGAAGGAUACUGGGGAUUGGGUUAAGGUGAGAGAUCUUUUGAUUCAGGUAUAUAGAAGGGUAUUUGGUGAAGAUGUUUUUGUUCCAGACAUGCAAGAGGAUUACAGAAUUCCCGCCACUGCUUGA